AUGCAGCAAACCGAGAGGGGCACACCGCCGGGCGAGCGUCCCGGGGGGCGCCUGCGAGCAGGAGCUGCCCCGGAGGACGCCGGGAACACGCGCAGAGGCCAAGGCCGCGCAGGCGCACCGCCCGGGCCGCGCUGCUGGGAGCAUGUUCGCGUCGCGCGACACCAGACGGCCGCGGCGGCGGGCAAGGGCGCGCGCUCGAGUCCGCGAAGCGCUCUGCUAUCUCAGGAUGCUGAGGAGACCCAGGGAGAAUGUUUAAAGGAUGAAGGGACCUCUGGAGCCCGGACAGCAGAAUUCCAGGAAAUGUUGACCUUCAAGGCCAUAUCUGUGGACUUCACCCAGGAGGAGUGGGGGCAGCUGGCCCCUGCUCACCAGCUUCUGUACCGGGAGGUGAUGCUGGAGAACUACGGGAACCUGGUCUCGGUGGGAUAUCAGCUUUCCAAGCCUGUUGUGAUUUCCCAGUUGGAGAAAGGAGAAGAACCAUGGCUGAUUGAGAGAGAGAUUUUAGGAGGUCCAGGUUCAGACUUGGAGAGUAAAACAGGAACCAGUGAGUUUACUUUAGAGAAUGACAUUUCAUGGAGAGAAUUUCACCACGGCCCGGUGAUGGAAAGGUCCACGAGAGGGAGCACCUUGUGUUCCACAUUUAGAAGAGUCUCCAAAAGGGGUCAGUUAGAAAGCCACCAGGAAAACCAAGGAAUGGGUAAGGGGCAAAUUCCCUUGAUCCACAGGAAAAUGCUCAGAUUUGAGAAAAGUAAUAAUGUGAGCUCACAAGAUAUUCCAGGACCAGUAGGUCCUCCAAGAGAAAGAGAACAUAAAUAUGACAUAUCUGGGAAGAGAAGUAGAUACAAUUUAGAUUUGACAAAUCAUUCAAGGAGCUAUACAAGAAUGAAAACCUUUGAAUGUAAUAUUUGUGAAAAAAUCUUCAAACAGCUUAUUCACCUUACAGAACACACGAUAAUUCAUACUGGAGAGAAACCUUUCAUAUGUAAAGAAUGUGGAAAAUCCUUUAGCCAAAGUUCAUCCCUUAUUCCACAUCAGAAAAUCCAUACUGGUGAGAAACCCUACGCAUGUAAAGAAUGUGGGAAAACCUUCAGACAUCCAUCAUCUCUUACUCAACGCAUUAGAAUCCAUACUGGGGGGAAGCCCUAUGAAUGUGGUAUGUGUGAGAAAGCAUUCAGUCAGAGCAUUGGGCUGAUCCAGCAUCUGAGAACCCAUGUUAGAGAGAAACCUUUUAAAUGCAAAGACUGUGGAAAAGCAUUUUUCCAGAUCAGACACCUUAGGCAACAUGAGAUUAUUCAUACUGGUGUGAAACCCUAUGUUUGUAAUGUAUGCAGUAAAACCUUCAGCCAUAGCACAUACCUGACUCAACACCAGAGAACUCAUACUGGGGAAAGACCAUAUAAAUGUAAGGAAUGUGGGAAAGCCUUUAGCCAGAGAAUACAUCUAUCUAUUCAUCAAAGAGUACCCACUGGAGUGAAACCUUAUGAAUGCAAUCAUUGUGGGAAAGCCUUUUGGCACGAUUCAUCCUUUGCUAAACAUCAGAGAAUUCAUACUGGAGAAAAACCUUAUGAUUGUAGUGAAUGUGGAAAAGCCUUCAGCUGUAGUUCAUCACUUACUAGACAUUGUAAAACACAUUUAAGAAAUGCCUUCAGCAAUGACAUGUGA